AUGACGACCUCGACCCCUUCAGCUGAUACGUGGAUAUACGACCAUCUGCAUAAAGUCUAUUUCCACCCUUUAUCCAAUUCUUAUGCUGUUCCUGAUCCUGCGACAGGUCAAUGGAAUUACAUCCCAGCGAGCGAUUUUCAAUCUGCCUCGAGCUCCUCUACAUCUAUCGCUCAGCCGCAGCCUGUCCAGCAGCAGGCGCCGGAUGGUGGGGAGAAGGAAGAAGGUGAGAUAGAAGAUGAUAUGGGAUGGGGAGGAUUGAUGGAUCCUGAUAAACUCGCUCAAAUCGAGAAAGAUUCCAAGUCGAGAUCAACUUCAAACUCCAACUCAAAAACAAAUGGAAAUAAUCACAAGAAGGAUACAUUUCAAGAGCUAGAGAAACAUCCUUCAUAUGUAGUACCAUACGACGAUCCAUCUCUAUACUCUUUCCCCCCAGACAGAAAGGACGACACGGAAGAAGAUCAUGACGACAAUCGACCUAAAGAAACUUCCAAUCAUAUUUUACGAUUGGUCGUCGUUCAUUCGAAAUGUCUAGAGAUCGGACAAGUUGUAAUUAUAGAUGCACGAGAGGAUGGUAUACAACUAGGAAGGGACAGGUGCGAGAAAGGUGGUCAAGCAAGAGUGAGAUUGAGGGAAAUGGAAGUUAGUAAAACCCAUGCUGUCAUUUAUUGGGGUAAAGGUGACAUUUCACAGGAAGACGAAGAGGAAAAUGGAUGGUGGAUAGUAGAUUUAGGUUCUACACAUGGCACCCUCCUAUCCAAUCCAUCGACCAACAAAACGAAAACAAAAAGAUUAUCAGAACCCAAACACUCUUCAAAACCCCAUUCGAUCCAACAUCUAGCAGAGAUCAAAAUCGGUAGCACCACAUUUUCAGCACACAUACAUCCUUCCUGGCCAUGCGAUGAAUGUACAGUCAAUGGCAAUCAUGAGAUUUUACUCGAUGAUGGUAAACCUAAAUCCAAACUCGAUACAGUUACUGCGCAAGAUCAAAUAUCAGAUCAUGAAAUACCAUACGCAAUGGAUUCGUCACAGAAGAAACAGAAUACAGAGUUAAAACGGAAAAGAGAAAUGGCCCUGUUGAAAGAUUCAUUAUUGAGGCGAAACGAGGUAUCGUCGAGUCAUGAUGAGAGGGAAGAGCCGAAGAGGGAAUAUUUAGAUAGAUCAGCAAUGCGAAGAAGGUUACAUCCUUUCUCACCGCCUAAAUCGCAAUCUAACUCUAAUAGAGCUACGCCAGAUCGGUUUGAAACCCCUUCGACCCCAUCCUUUGUUGGCGAUGUGUCGAGAGAACCUAAUGGACCCUCAAAAUUUGCUAGUUCUAUAUUAGCCAAUCAAGGUUGGAUCCCCGGCGCGGGUCUGGGUAAAUCCAACCAAGGUAGAGCAGAACCCAUUGCAGUGGAAAUGCGAAAUGAGAAAAAGGGAUUGGGUGCUCAGAAUAGUAAGGCUGCUGUGGAUGAUGGUCAAGCUCAAGGCGAUUGGAAGAUGCGUGCUAAGCAGAGGAGAUGGGAGGAGUUGUCUAAGAGUAAUGCUAAUUAG